AGUUAUUGAGAAACAAAAAGCUUAGAGAAAGAGAGAAAUGGAAGGUUGUUGUAAUUAUAACUUUCUCAUGACUGUAUUUCUUAUUUUAUUAGGCUUCACUACUGCAGAUUCGGGAGAAACAAAUACAGAGUUUAUACGAACAUCAUGUAAGUCAACAACUUAUCCUAACCUAUGUUUCAGUUCUUUAUCAAGCCGUUCAAGUGUUAUUGGAGUUUCUCCACAACUUCUAGCACAUGAAUCCCUCUCCGUUAGCAUCGAAACAGCCCAGUCAACAUCCGCCAUGAUGAUCAAAGUGGCACACAGUCAAGGCAUGACGCCUAGAGAGGUAGGCGCCAUGCAAGACUGUGUGGAGGAAUUAAGUGACACAGUAAGUGAACUCAGAAAAUCUUUAGGAGAAAUGAAGCAAUUAAGGGGAAGAGAUUUUGACAUGAAAAUGAGUGAUAUUCAAACAUGGGUAAGUGCUGCCUUAACCAACGAAGACACCUGCACCGAAGGGUUCGCCGGAAAAUCCAUGAACGGAAAACUUAAGACAGUUGUGAGGGGAAAGAUUGUUGAAGUUGCACAUAUGACAAGCAAUGCUUUGGCUUUGAUCAACACCCUUGAUGCCCUUCAUGGCUAAUUAAACUAAUUAAUUAAAACGACAAUUGUUGUUAUAUAUUAAUUAUAUAAUCUUCUUUUAGAAAGAGUGUAUUUAAUUCAUGCUUAAUUAGUUGAUUGCUGUAAUAGAUAAGAUCAUAUGUUUGUGAUGAAUUUCUUAAGUAAAAUUGUUCCGAAUGCAUUUGUUCAAAAGUUGGUCCAAUUUA